GGGGUGACACCGAUUUGGGGGGCAGCGCUAAGCGGAACGUUGUUCCCUUGGCCGCGUUUCCAGCCGGGGCUGUUUUCUCUGCCCGGGGCGGUUUCGGGGGCGCGCCGGCGGAAGCGGAAGUGGCCGCGGGCGGGAUGGAGGAACCGGAGAUGCAGCUGAAGGUGAAGAAAGUGGCGGACAAGUUCACGGAGAGCCUGUACGUGCUGGCCAACGAGCCCUCGGUGGCGCUGUUCCGGCUGCAGGAGCACGUGCGCCGCUCCCUGCCCGAGCUGGCCCAGCACAAGGUGCGGAUCCCGGGAAUUUCGGGAAUUUUGGGAAUUCCGGGGGCGAUCCCAAGGGGGAACGAGCGGAAUUUGGGAAUCCCAGCUCCGCCUCCUCCCCUCUUUUCCCGCUUUUCCCGCUUUUCCCGCUUUUCCCGCUUUUCCAGUGCCAUCAAGAGCAUGACUGACAGCAGUGUUUACUUCAAGAGCAUCGACAGCCUGCUCAGGCAUUCCAUAGCCAUGAAGGAGCAGCUCAACGCCGCCCAGGGCCGCAGGUACCCCCAGAAUUCCGGGAAAAACCCCAGGGUUAUCCAGGACAGCAUUCCCUGA